AUGAAAUGUGAGCCCGGGUGGCCCAGGACGCUGAAGCGGCCGCCUACCCCGCGCCAGAGCGCCGUGGGGCAAGACAAAGACACCGCCGUCCCCAGCGCAGCCCGGCCCCGGCCACGCGCGCUCCAGCCCCGCGGAGCUGCGCACCCGCCACCUGGGCAAUGGCCAGGGGUCCCCUCGUCCCCUCUCUCUGCGGCGCUGCUCCCUCCAUCUGACCGCCCCGCAUUCUCCCCAUCCCCUCCUGGUCCCGGCUCUCCAUUCGCUCCCAGCCUCUCUCCAGUCUGUCCGUCUGUCUUGGCGCGCAACCUCCGGCCACCGGCUUGGAUGGACACGCCGACGCCGCCCGGGCAUCCAAGGGUCUUGCUUUCGAAGUUGGUCCUGCUCUUUGUCUACGCAGACAAUUGCAUUGCUCAAUGUGGCAAAGACUGCAGGUCUUACUGCUGUGAUGGAACCACACCCUACUGUUGCUCCUACUAUGCUUAUAUUGGGAAUAUCCUUUCGGGCACUGCAAUUGCUGGCAUUGUGUUUGGAAUUGUAUUUAUCAUGGGGGUCAUUGCUGGACUUGCCAUCUGCAUCUGCAUGUGCAUAAAAAACAACCGGGGCACCCGGGUGGGUGUCAUCAGAACUACCCACAUCAACACCAUCUCCUCGUAUCCUGCAGCACCACCCCCCUAUAGUUACGACCACGAGAUGGAAUACCACGCAGACUUGCCUCCUCCGUACUCCCCGGCCCCACAGGCUUCAGCACAGCGAUCUCCACCCCCUCCUUAUCCCGGAUAUUCAAGGAAAUAAUCCUUCACCCAGCAGAGAACAUGUACCGACUAGUGAUCGUGCCUGGAAUAAAAUGUUUCUACUCAGAAACAGGCAGGAAAGGAUUACUCUAAGGAAUACUUUUUCAGGUGGAAUGUCCAUGCGAAGAGAUACAGGGUUCCUCCUUGGCUCAAACCCGACCUCGUCUGGAGUAUUAUGUUUGGUUCUAUGAGACCACAUCUUAAGAGAUCUACUGAUCCACUUACGCACAAAGAGGAGUAAUAAGAUGGAUGAAACAUCUGAUAAUCAUGUUUUUUAAGGACUCGAUAAAAGAAAUUUUGCUGUCAAUCCUGGAAAAGCGAAGACUUAAGGCAGGACAGGAGAAUGGCUUGGGAUGCAUGAGGAAGCAACUUUAUUCUAUGUAGCUUUAAAAACCAGAACUAGAAUUGUUCAUUCUUUCAUUCAUCAGGAAAUGUAUAUUGAGUGCCGGAGACCCUACUAUAUGCCUGGCACUGUUUGAGGCACUGGAUGGAAGUUACAGAAAGGGAACUUUGGUUUUAGUAUAAGAAAUAGCAAUUGGAGCUUUCUGAUUCACUAGAUUAUUUUUACGAAGCUCCCUGUUGCCAAGAUUUCAAACACAACUUGGCUGACUACCAGCUCGAGAUAUGCUCUAGAAGGGAUAUUUAAGUCAAAUGGCAGAUGGGUCCAUUGGGCCGCACAAGUUCUGCUUAUGUUUUAGGUAGGUGCGAAGUGAAUUUAUAUGCGUUCAGGAAUGAAAACAACAGGAAUAGUUGAAGCUUAUUUGUUUAGUUAGAAAGUUAAAACAGGAUCACAGGGAUUAAACAGCUGCUUAAAGCCAAGAGCUCUUCAACGCUAGCUACUGCCACCUAAAAAUCAUCUGGCUUUAUUGAGUGGAUCAGGUAAAGGUUAUUCCAACUGUGAAAGGGAAAAAUGUAUCAAGUUCUAUAGGCAAGACAUACUUCACUUCAGAGUAAAAGAUGAGAAGCCGAACAUUCCCACAGGAUUUUAGGUUAGGGAGUGAAAUCUCAGAACAUGACCAUAAAGAUACACAGCAGGCUACAAAAAGAAGUAAAAGGGGGAAAUGAAGUUUGGAUUGCCUUCUGUGAAAGUCUUAGACAAAUUUGGGGGGGGGUUGUAAAAUUUUAAUAAUAUAUUUUGUUGAAAAAGUUAUACAGUUCAUAGAAAAGGUUAAGAUAUUGACAUCAAAUUAUCAAAUUUUAUGAAGUGCCUACCUUUUAGAUAUAAAAACACUUAAUAAAUAAUUCUAAUGUGCCAUAUUUUGCUGCAAGUGACCUUAACAUUUCUACAAUUUUUAUGUGAGUCCUUUCAUGUAUUUAAAAAUUGUAUAUUGAACAUUGGGAAUAGAUAAUCAUAUUUUUGUGUCACUUUAAAUGUUGAAAUCUAAAAUGUUUAAUCCAAUAUUAUCAUCAUAAUUCAGUGAAAUUUCAAAGUGAUGCCAAGAAUUUUUCUGAAUAAAACAAUCAAAAGAAAUGUCUUAAGGUAUAGAUUAUGUUAAGACAUUUACUACAUAGUUUAAUAUAAGUAGAAUAUUUUACUUUCAAAUAACUAUACAAGAAAUACACUGCUCUGACUGAAAUAAAGUCUAACUGCCAGUAAGAUCUAAAGGCCAGAUUCGCUUUGAAUGACUUGCUUGAGUUGCUACUGAUGAUUUUCUUACAUAUGAAGAUGCAAAAUGUUCAAGAGUUCUAGCCUAUUCUAGUGAGGGACUCCCUGACUUACAUGCAGUUUUUAGCACAAUUUUAAUAGUACAUAUGUUUUAAUUUAUUUCUCUUCUGUGUAUGAUCAGACUCAACUAUACUGCAACUAUGACACUCAAAGUGUGGGGGUCUGUGUGAUUUGAGAAUGUUGUGUGCAAGUACACCAUAUAUUCUUUAAGAAAAAUGGAGAGAAAAGACCAGCAGAAAUAGAAUUUUCUUCAUCUUCACCAUCAAUAAACAUUUAUUGCAUACCUCCUAUGUUCUGCAAAUAUUCCCUGCAUAAAAGCCAUUUCAGUCCACACCAUCUCUCUUCUUUGAGUUGUUUAUGGCCUCCUUUAAGGCAUAUCACAAACCCAUAGACCUACAAUAGAUGAGUAUUUUUACUGUUUGUAUUUAGUGUCACAAUAGCAUAAAUGUGCACAUUACCAGUAUACACUUUUGGAGUUCACUGAUUGUUUUUCAUAGAUGAUGUUUCUUGGGGGAAAAUAGUAUAUGAUGUGAAAGCUUUGAAUUAUGAUUAUUUAAAAACUAACAUAUUUGCUGUGGCCAAAGUGUUUACAAUAAGCAAUAAAAUGAAAGAACCUAUUAUGACAAGGAUUAUA